AUGGACAAUUGGUCAGGAUAUGACUUGAAUUUGUUCAUAUACCCACAGCACUAUUAUGAUGAUUUGGAAUGUGCACUUAUACCUCACGGCAUCAUUGUGGACAAAAUUGAGUGACUGGCCAAGGACAUUAUGAAAGACAUACAACGUGGUGACAUUAUGGUCCUGUGUGUGCUUAAAGUGGUUUACAAAUUCUGUGCUAAUCGAGAACACCUUAAGAACAUCACCUGGAAUUCAGAUAGAUGUGUCUCUAUGAGGGUUGAUUUCAUCAGACUAAAGAGUUUUAAGAAUGAUCGGUCCAUGGACACGACACAGACAGUGGGAGGUGAGGCUCUUUCAACACUGGCUGGCCAGAACAUCCUCAUUGUGGAGGAUCUUGUUGGGAAGGGGGAGACCAUGAAAGCCCUGCUCAGCAGUACAGAGAAAUACAAACCAAACAUGAUAAAGGUAGCCAGGUAAUUUGUUGGAAAGAGAAUACCAAGAAGUAAUGGCCUUAGACCUGACUAUGCUGGAUUUGAGAUUCCAAAUUUAUUUGUGGUGGGGUAUGCCUCAGAUUAUAAUGAAUACUUCAGAGAUCUGAACAUAAAUCUUGUGAUCAAUGAACACAGUAAAGAAAAAUUCCAAGUUUAA